AUAAUCUGGUCUUUUGGAAAAAAAGAACUGCUGAGAGUUGACAAUAAGGAGAAAAUGGUCAGUGACGGGGUGUCUUUCGACGAGCAGGCGGCCAGAAAAGGAAAUGCCUCGCUGACCAUUCACAGUGUCACCAUCACCGACCACGGAACCUAUAAGUGUUUAGUCAUCUACAGUCCGGAAAGAUUGUCCAGGGACAUUCAACUCAAUGUUCGGGCUACACCAACGAUCAAGAUACACAAAAAGGGUUUUCUUAAGAAUGAGAAAACCACGGUUGAUUGUUCCAUUACAGGUUUCUUCCCUCAAGAGACUCUAGUAGUCACCUGGCUACGGAAUAAUAUUGAGGUCCAAGAUGGACCAAAAAUGGGGACAUUUCAGACGAAUGCUGAUGGGACUUUCAGAGUCAACAACUCUAUAGUCCUCACUCCUGUCCAGAUCCAGGAUCGUCCAACUAUUACCUGUCGGGUGGAGCAUGUGUCCCUACAAAAGUCCAUCCAAGAUGAAUUGCUAGUGAUAUAUAACGUGGUCCCAAAAGUGCAGCUCACAUCUUCAAGGACAGCGGAUGGCAACGAGUAUUUCUACAUAUGUGAGGCGCGAGGAUUCUCUCCGGAACCGCUGUCUAUAAAUUGGAUGGUGGAUGGGAAAAUGGCAAAUCUGUCCAGAGGAAGCGAGGAAGGUCUUUUUAACAAGGAAAUUUAUUAUCGGAUUAAUCUCAAGGAAGGCAACGUACCAGAACGGAUCUCCUGUAAUAUUCAACAUGUGGCCUUGGAGAGUCCAUUCACUGAGACCCUGGAGGUCCCAGGAUACAAUUAUUGUGAACGACACUGCCAUUCCGGGCUCAUUGCUAUAUUUUUUAUCUUACUACUCAUAUCACUUGCA